AUGCAUCCGGAUCUUGCUCGGUUCCUGCAAUCCUUGAGCAUACAAGUGCUCUGUCACCUCUCCGAAGCACCUCGGCUCCCAAAGCUCACGCCAACGAGGAACGGCGGCGGCGGUAAAAAAUCUCUUGACCACGAACGGGACAACUUUCUGGCGCUCGCCAACGCGAACGUGAAGAGCAACGACGAAGCGCCACCUAAACUUCGAUCUGCGAUUGAAGACGCGCUUUUAGCACACAUGCCCUCGUAUGGCCACUACUGUCCUCCACCAAAGCCUGCCUUCCCAACUCAUCCUACAUUAUGCCGCCGACAGCGCCGGACAUUAGUCUCCUCUAGUCAGACCAUAAAGAAGACAGUCAUUCUAGCCGAACAUGCCGUGACUCACGGAGUUACUCAACAUCAAUGUUUCCGGAUCUCCCAGGCCUGUAGGUGUACCGCUCGUAUCUUAACGGCACCACCGCUGCCGUUCUCUGCCACACCCGGCGAAAGCAAGAAUGGUGGAGGACCUCCGGAGGUCACACUGGCGUGGGAGAUACCGGUGAAGUGUGGAGGCUUCGUGCGGUUGCGGUCAGGCCUGGCGCGGGAGGGCGCAGCCGAAGCCGAAGCACUUCAGAAGGAUAACAGGACACCUACUACUAUAAGCAUUCCGAGGGAAUUGUGA